AUAGCACAUUUAGCAGACAAAAAAAAAUUGCAUAACAGAGUUGAUUUAAAAAGUGCGUGAAUCGAAGAAAGAUUCAAGAUUGUAUAGUUUUUAGAUUAUACUCUUUUUUCUAAAACAAUUAUUUUAUUCCAUAUCAAGAUUUGGAGAGAGCCAUGUUUUCAUCCCUAAAGACUAUUAAGCUAUUUAAGUCAAUAUAUUUAAAUAGUCAACCUGUAAUAAGGAAGUGUAGUUCUUUAUCAAAAACUAAUGUUAAAGUUGUAAAAGUAACUAAGAAUAAAUGGAGUAUUUUAUUUGGAGCUUCUUUUGCUGUUCCUGGGAUCUGGUAUCUUCAAGCUGACAACCAAAAAAAACGCAGAGUCAGAGUAACAGUUCAAGGAAUAGGAAGGUUCUUGAGAUCCCUUGUGAUAGGAGUAACCAUAUCAACAGACUAUUGGUGGUCAUUGAAAAAUGUUGAUGAAGACUCUGCUGAAUAUCAGGAAGAAUUAAAGAAAACACACCAAAGAACUGCAGACCGAAUUCUGGCUGGCUGUCUUGGGAAUGGGGGAUUGUAUAUCAAACUUGGGCAAGGCCUGGUUUCCAUGAAUCACAUUUUACCAAAAGAAUAUCUUAAUACACUUAAAGUGCUUCAGGACAAAUGUCUUGCUAGAGGGGCCACUGAGAUUGGGCAGCUGUUUGAAGAAGAAUUUGGGAAGAACCAUAAAGAAUUAUUUGAGGCAUUUGAUGAAGAACCUAUUGCUGCAGCUUCUUUGGCUCAAGUGUUUAGGGCCAAAUGCAAAGAUGGAAAAGAAGUUGCUGUAAAGGUUCAGUAUAUUGACUUGCAGGAUCGGUUCAAUGGUGAUAUUGCUACAAUCGAAUUGCUACUAGAACUGAUCAGUUGGAUGCAUCCAAAAUUUGAAUUUAAAUGGGUUCUCAAGGAUCUGAAGGGUACUCUUUGUAAAGAACUCGAUUUCGUCAAUGAAGGACACAAUGGUGAAAGAUGUGCCAAAGAGUUGUCAUCGUUGCCUUAUGUUUAUGUCCCAGAUGUCGUUUGGGAUCUGACUAGCAAGCGAGUCUUAACGACAGAGUUUAUCGAUGGGAUUAAAGUGAGUGAUACAGGCAGUCUAGAAAAAGCAGGAUUUUCAAUAAAAGAUGUUAGCCACAAACUGGUUGAAAUGUUUGCAGAACAAAUUUUUCACACUGGUUUUGUCCAUGCUGAUCCACACCCAGGAAACAUCUUAGUUCGUCGAGGGAAAAAAGGCGACGCACAGAUAGUUUUGCUGGAUCACGGAUUAUAUGAAGAGCUUCCGUCUACUGUUCGCAAAUCUCUUUGUCGUUUGUGGUCUUCAAUAGUACUAAACGAUCACGUUGGAAUGAAGCAUCAUGCCGCUGCCCUUGGAGUGAAUGAUUACCGAUUGUUCUGCAUGGCCGUGUCACAGCGCUAUAUUUCAGCGCCACCAUGGCCAACUGAACACGAUUCAGUGAAUCAGGUCUUUGCUUCGUUUUACGAUCACAAGGGGCCGAAAGUAGGAGAAUGGCAGAAGAUGACAACCGAACAACGUCAAGCAAUUCGAAUUCAAAUGGAUGAAAUUCAUGAAAGGAUGAUGGAUAGCUUCCGGGCCAUGCCUUCUCAAUUGAUGCUCAUUUUUAGGAACAUAAAUACAGUUAGGGCAAUAACCAAAGACCAUGGCAGUCUUGUCGAUCGUUAUACAUUGAUGGCCAGAAGUGCUACUCGAGGAUUUUUCAUCGUACCUGGUGCUUCAUUUGGUCAACGUCUACAAGGAGUCUUGCAACAGUUUCUAUUUGACUGGCGAUUGUGGUGGGAUAAAACACAGAUGAGGCUAACCUUUUGGGGCCUUCGUGUGUUAUUUUGGCUUGGUCGUGCACCUGAUAUGACCAUUGUCGUACAAAUGGUUGAGUGAUUUCAUUAGAAAUUGUAUUUAGUAGCAGGACACAAAUGUCGCGUGAAAUUUGUAAUUGCAAGAAUUCCUUUGAAAUAUUCAAUUAUAUAUCCUUUUGUGUUAAAA